CGGCAGGCGGGGCUUGGCCUGCCCGGCUCCUCCCCUGACGCGCUUCCUCCCUCCGGCUGUGAGCUCUUCUGCCGCCUCCUCCUCCUCUCCGGCCUGUCUGCCUGUCUGUCUGCUUCUCCUCCUGCGCCCAGCACAGACGCCUUGGCUGGCCGGGAUCCGCUGCUGCUGUGUUUUGGAAGUUCCUCUCCAGCAGAUCAUUCCCGGCAGCCAAGAUGCCUCAGGGUAAGCAGACCCGAGUCCUGCUCCUCAACGACAUGGAAAAGCUGGACAAGACCCUCUUCCGGCUGGAGCAAGGUUUUGAACUACAGUUCCGACUUGGUCCUACCUUACAAGGCAAGCAUGUUAAUGUGUAUUGCAACUAUCCAACUGCUGGAGAAGUGUUUGAUCGACACAAGUUCAAAUGCCUGUCUUGGCACAAUCCAACAGGAAAAGAAGACGAUUCUGACAAACACUGUAAACUAGAUCUCCAGAUCUCUGGAUCUUACCAGUAUUAUUUUAGCCAUGAAAAUCAGAAAAGCGGGGGAGGUUACAUAGUUGUGGAUCCUAUUUUGCGCGUUGGUGCUGACAAUCAUGAAUUGCCCUUGGAUUGUGUUACACUCCAGACAUUUUUAGCUAAGUGUCUGGGACCCUUUGAUGGAUGGGAAGAUCGUCUUAAAGUCGCUAAAGAAUCUGGCUACAACAUGGUUCACUUGACCCCAGUUCAAAAACUUGGUCUAUCUAGAUCAUGUUACUCAUUGGCUGAUCAGCUGGAAGUCAAUCCUGAUUUUUCAACUCCUAAUAGAAAAUGUUCUUGGAAUGAAAUUGGAAAAAUGGUAGAAAAAAUGAAAAAUGAAUGGAAUAUGCUUUGUAUUACCGAUGUAGUAUACAAUCAUACAGCUUCAAACAGUGAAUGGAUAACUCAGCAUCCUGAGUGCGCUUACAAUCUUGUCAAUUCUCCUCACUUGAAACCAUCCUGGCUUUUGGACCGAGCUCUUUGGCAUUUAACUUGCAGAGUAGCAGGUGGCAAAUACAGUGAUAGAGGGCUGCCUGCAUUGAUUGAAAAAGACAAUCACUUGAAUUCUCUUCGUAAAGUCAUUUGGGAGGAAAUUUUUCCCAGCCUAAGAUUGUGGGAGUUCUUCCAAGUAGACGUAAACAAGGCAGUCCAGCAAUUUAGGACUCUCUUAACACAAGGUGGCUCAAAGGUCAAAACAGAUCCCAAACAACAUCUUGCAGUCAUCCAGGAUCCUGAAUUUAAGAGACUUGGCUGUACUGUGGAUAUGAAUGUUGCAUUGAACACCUUUAUACCACACAGCAAUGGGCCCACAGCAAUAGAAGAGUGCUGUAACUGGUUUCGAAAGAGAAUGGAAGAGCUAAAUGGCGAAAUGUACCGGCAAACAAAUUACCAUCAAGAGCAGGCUGUCAACUGCAUCAUGGGAACAGUGAGCUAUGAACGAUUGGCUGGCCAUGGACCUAAACUUGGUGCAGUAACUAGAAAAUAUCCUUUAGUUACAAGCUAUUUUACAUACCCCUUUAAAGAACUAAGCCUGGAGGAGGAGGAAGUUAUGAUGCAUCAGCCUGACAAAGCAAGUUACUUUAUGGCCCAUAAUGGCUGGGUGAUGGGGGAUGAUCCUCUGAGAAAUUUUGCUGAGCCAGGGUCAAAUGUUUAUCUGAGGAGAGAGCUUAUCUGCUGGGGUGACAGUGUCAAACUACGUUAUGGGAACAAACCAGAAGACUGUCCAUAUCUUUGGGCUCACAUGAAAAAAUACACUGAAAUGACUGCCAAGUAUUUUCAUGGAGUGCGUCUGGACAAUUGCCAUUCAACGCCUCUUCAUGUAGCUGAGGAGAUGCUGGCAGCUGCCAGGGCAGUCAGGCCUAACCUUUAUGUGAUAGCUGAACUCUUCACGGGCAGUGAGUUAAUUGACAAUGUCUUUGUGAACCGCCUUGGAAUUACCAGUCUGAUUAGAGAGGCAAUGAGUGCAUACAACAGUCAUGAAGAGGGAAGAUUAGUUUAUCGCUUUGGAGGAGACCCAGUUGGGUCUUUUGUUCAACCACAUUUGAGACCCUUAACGCCUGCUAUUGCUCAUGCCCUGUUUAUGGACAUAACGCAUGAUAAUGAAUGUCCAAUUCAGCAUCGAUCAGCUUAUGAUGCCCUUCCCACCUCAACCAUUGUCUCAAUGGCCUGCUGUGCUACAGGAAGCACUCAAGGAUAUGAUGAGCUGGUACCACAUCAGAUUUCUGUGGUUGAUGAAGAACGUUUUUACCCAAAAUGGAAUCCAGCAGCAACACCUUUGACACCUGGUGAAGUUAACUUCAAAACUGGAAUUAUAGCAGGAAGGCUGGCUAUCAACAGACUGCAUCAAGAAUUAGGAGCAAGAGCUUUUAACCAGGUAUUUGUAGAUCAAGUUGAUGAAGAUAUUGUGGCUGUGACGAGGCAUUGUCCUAACACACAUCAGUCUGUUGUAGCUGUUUCCCGAACAGCUUUCAGAAAUCCCAAGACGUCCUUCUAUAGUCAAGAGGUUCCCCAGAUGUGUAUUCCAGGGAAGAUUGAAGAAGUGGUACUUGAGGCUAGGACUGUUGAGAGAAACGCUGGUCCUUAUAAAAAAGACGAGCAUGCAAUCAAUGGAUUGCCCGACUAUACAGUUGAGCUCCGAGAACAUAUUCAGCUCACCGAAAGUAAAAUCAUACGACAAGCUUCAGUUGCUACAAAAGGUCCUAAUGAAUUUGUCCAAGAGAUAGAAUUUGAACAGCUAACUCCAGGAAGUGUAAUUAUAUUCAGAGUUAGCCUUGACCCAAAGGCCCAAGAUGCUGUAGGCGUACUCCGGAAUCACCUGAUCCAGUUCAGUCCUCACUUUAAAUCUGGAAGCCUUCCCGAUGAUGGUUCAGAGGCUAUACUCAAAACAACUUUCUUAAACAUUGCAUCAAAAUUAACCUUGGCAGACCUGAACCAGGUACUAUAUCGCUGUGAUUCUGAGGAACAAGAGGAUGGUGGAGGAUGUUACAACAUACCAAACUGGACACCCCUUAAAUACGGUGGCCUUCAAGGAAUAAUGUCAGUGAUGGCAGACAUACGACCAAAGAAUGAUUUGGGGCAUCCUUUCUGUGGCAACCUGCGAGCUGGAGAUUGGAUGAUUGACUAUGUGAGUGAUCGUUUAAUCGCUCGUCCCGGAGCCUGCUCUGAAGUUGGAAAGUGGCUGAAAGCAAUGUUUAUCUACUUGAAACAAGUUCCUCGUUACCUCAUUCCAUGUUAUUUUGAUGCCAUAUUAGUUGGUGCAUAUACAACACUUCUUGACUUGACUUGGAAGCAGAUGUCUAACUUUGUUCAGAAUGGCUCGACGUUUGUUAAACAUCUUUCCUUGGGUUCAGUCCAGAUGUGUGGAAUAGGAAAAUACCCUUCUCUGCCACCCCUGUCGCCUGCUUUACAGGAUGUUCCUUAUCGUCUGAAUGAAAUUACAAAGGAAAGAGAACAGGGCUGUGUUUCUUUAGCAGCUGGUUUACCUCAUUUUUCUUCUGGAAUUUUCCGCUGCUGGGGAAGGGAUACCUUCAUUGCACUGCGGGGGCUGAUGUUAGUCACAGGACGGUACUUGGAAGCAAGAAACAUCAUUUUAGCAUUUGGAAGUACCUUAAGACAUGGCCUCAUUCCCAACUUGCUUGGCCAAGGGACCCAUGCCAGGUUCAAUUGCCGGGAUGCUGUGUGGUGGUGGUUGCAGUGCAUACAAGAUUACUGUAACUUCGUUUCAAAUGGCACUGACAUUCUCAAGUGUCCUAUAUCCAGAAUGUACCCUACAGAUGACUCCCCUCCUCUGCCACCAGGCCAAAGGGACCACCCACUCUAUGAACUGAUACAGGAAGCUAUGCAGAGACAUAUGCAGGGCAUAGACUUCCGAGAAAGGAAUGCAGGUCCGCAGAUUGAUCGAAAUAUGAGAGAUGAAGGAUUUAAUGUGACUGCAGGUGUGGAUAUGGAAACUGGCUUUGUAUAUGGAGGGAACCGUUUUAAUUGUGGUACGUGGAUGGAUAAGAUGGGAGAGAGUGACAGAGCUCGCAACAAAGGUAUUCCAGCAACUCCAAGAGAUGGCUCUGCUGUAGAAAUUGUUGGCUUAUGCAAAUCAACAGUUCGUUGGCUAUUGGAGUUGUCUAAGAAGAAUAUAUUUCCUUAUUCUGGAGUUACUGUAAAAAGACAUGGGAAAGAAGAGACAGUUACUUAUGAUGCAUGGAACAGAAAAAUCCAGGCCCACUUCGAAAAGCUGUUCUUUGUCUCCGAGAAUCCAUCUGAUCCCAAUGAGAAGCAUCCUACUCUGGUUCAUAAGCGGGGUAUAUAUAAGGACAGCUAUGGAGCCUCCAGCCCUUGGUGUGACUAUCAGCUAAGGCCAAAUUUCCCUAUAGCAAUGGUUGUGGCACCUGAAAUGUUCUCCAUUGAACGUGCUUGGAAAGCACUUGAAAUGUUGGAGCAAAAGCUACUUGGUCCACUUGGCAUGAAAACUCUAGACCCAGAUGAUAUGGUUUACUGUGGUGUGUAUGACAACGCCUUGGACAAUGACAACUACAAUGUGGCAAGAGGAUUUAAUUACCAUCAAGGACCUGAAUGGCUUUGGCCUAUUGGAUAUUUCCUUCGUGCCAAGUUAUACUUUUCCAAAUUAAUUGGUCCAGAAAUCUAUGCAAAGACUGUCUUCUUGGUUAAAAAUGUCCUUUCUCGCCAUUACGUACAUCUGGAGAGGUCACCUUGGAAGGGUCUUCCAGAACUCACUAAUGAAAAUGGUCAAUAUUGCCCUUUCAGCUGUGAAACGCAGGCCUGGUCAAUUGCUGUCAUCCUUGAGGUUCUCUAUGACUUGUAAAAUCUUUAACACAUACAUACACACACACACACAUCCUGUUAGCUCUUGUCUUGAAUGCAAAUAACUGCUUCUCUUGUAGUGUAAGUCCUGCUUUUCAAAAUUGUGCCUAAACUUCCCAGACACUUGGCUGAGGGGAGGGGGUUUCCAUCUUUAAGAAUUGCACCCUAGCAUUUUUAUUCAUAAGGAAACUGAGGCCAAAUCCUACUAUUAGUCCUAACUAGAGUGAACCCUUAGAAAUUUUUUUAUAAGUGCUGAUCCCAGCCUUCAGUAGGUCUGCCCUGAUUGAAACUAGCAAUGGGAUUCAGGCCUGAUAGUUUUAAGUGCCAUUGUUGAGAAUAUAUUUAAUUUUAAGUGUAACGAUUCUACAAAAUCCUAUUAUACUGUGCCAGAUUUUUUAAUACAGAAUCUCUUACACAGCACAGGGUUUUAUAAUAUAAGAACUCUAAUUUUCUUUUCCCGAGACCACCAAAACCUUCGUUGCGAAAAGACAUAGAGGAAACUGAAGGCCAAAUUAGACAUGUUUGAAUCUGGAGCUGUCAUAGCAAUAUAGGGAUUGAAAGGGUUGGGUUCAUGUUUGGCAAAAGGAGCAUACAGGUGAAGAGUAUGGAAACCACAAGCCAAAUGAGCAUUUACCUGUCUGCAGACCCUACUGCCUGCAUGGUGCAAUAUCUGAGACUAGCUAAAAAGAGCAGGGUCAUCAGAGGACAACCCAUUUUAAGAACAAAACUGAGGAAGCACGAUGUUUGCUAGGAGUAGGAAAGUGGGACAUCGUAGGCCUCACUCCCAUACUCGGUUUGCUCUUAAAACUGGACUGCUAAGGCUUUCUAAGCCACCAUGUGACAAUUUCUUAUCAGAUUAUGCAAUGGAACUGCUGGCAGAAAUAUACUCUUCUCAGCCCUUUAUUGCAAACCCACUUGGCUUGGUAUAGGGAUAAAAAGAAAGAAAAUCCUUUGUAGCAGGAAAUUCUAAGUACUCUAGAUUGCCGUUCCUGGUUUAAUGCAGGGAAUUGUGUGUCAUUCUAGAUAUUGUUGAACUGCAAUUCCCAUCAGCCCUAAGCAGUAAUGAAGCAUGCUUGGGAUUGCAAUUCAAGCACAUCUGAAGGGCCUUGGUUUAAUGAAUGUGUCAGGAACUCAGCAACCUGUUACAUUUUUUCAGUGCAAUUAAUUGGCAGCUGCCAUUUUAAACAGUGAUGUCUUCAUUUAUAAAAGGAAAGAGUUAGACUUGACUUAAAAUGCAAUGUGGCGAUGAUGCAAAUUUUGCUGCCUGUUUUUAAUUUUUGUAUGUAACUAACGAUUUUAUAGUCUAUGUUAAUCAUUUUAUCACCGUUGUUGAAUUCUUAGUUCUAAAAAAGAGAGAGAAAUGAGUAAUUGGCAUUUUAUUUGACAGCAUGCUGAUGAGCAGCAUGUAGACAGAAUAGUGUAUUGCAGCUAAAUUGUGGUAUAUAAUGCCUUUUAAAGACUGGUGUUUAAUUUGUUCACUUUGGUGCUUUGAUAUCGUGACUAAUUAACAAGAUCUUAAUGCUUAACACUUGCACUACUAUUGACUUCAAUAAGCCUAAUUAUGUGAGCAAAUUCCAUCUGAAUCAUUUGAAUGCUUUUUCAUUAAUAAAGGAUAAAUUCUAAUGUAAAAA